CAAAAAGAUAGCUUCCGUAAAUAGGAUUGCGGGAAGUGUCAUAUCAUAGCUUUUCCGCAAUUCUCAAAUGGGUUAAAUUUUAAGAAAUGUGGCCUUCCAUAGGAGCGCAAAGCACAAGUUGCGAAAUUGAUCGUUUGUUUUACACUUCUCUCUUAAGUGGUGUUUUAGUACUGUUCAUAGCAUGGAUACUUUUCCAAAAGAUUUCAAGAUUCAUAAGAAGAAAAAUUAUUGGUCCUGCUCCGUUAACACCCAUGGAACUUCUUCUGAAAGAAAUAGAGGAACUGAAAAGAACAACUUAUGAAUUUUUUCUUCCCCAGACUAAAGAGGACUGGGCACACAUGAAAGAAAUGGUGCUGGCUAUUAACAACGAAUGUAGUGGUUUCUCAAGAAAUUUAGAAAAUGAUUUGGAAUCCGUAAUCCAUCGCAUCUGUGAAAGGUUCCAGCAGUCCUUCGAAGAAGAGAUUCACCGAAAUGAAAGUCGAUUCAAUAACAUCCAACAGAAGCUAGAUGCCUUAGUGGAAGAAUUUCAUUCUCUGAAGCAUGCCUUCUGGAAACACUGCGAAGAACAAGAGGCUAUCUUAAAAAAUUCCAGUGGAGUGAUGAAUGCUGAAUCAUGCAAUGAUAAAUUGGAACCACUGGAUCUAACGGUUGGCUGGACACAAACGGAGACAGAGUUGAUUUCUAAGAAACGAAACCAUUCGGCACAAACGAAAUCGCUGGUAGGCGAAAAUGAAACAGUGAAAGCUAUAAUUCUUGCAGCCAAGAGAAGCUUAAACGAUGUUACGAGAGAAGCUAGAAAGCAAUUAAUUCGUGACAGGGAAGACAAAAGAAGAGAUAUGAAAACAAUUUUUACACAUCUCGAGCAGGACAGAGAAGACAUUAAAAGCACCAUCAUUCAGGCACUCGCUGUGGCCGCAGAGAAAGCAAAGGAAAAUUAUGACCAAUUUUUAACUGUAGGACAGGAUGCGAUGCAUUGUGUAGCCGUGUUUCACGAAAACACAAGCAAACUUUUGACCGCCAGAUUGGAUGAAACUGAUAAAAGGCUUAGGGAAAUUUUCGAAGCAGUGAAUAAACAAAUUUUCGACAUAUCUGCAAUAAAGAGCACUCUAGAGAACAUUGACGAUCAGUUUGAUGACAUAUAUAGAAGGGUUGAACUAGGAUAUCAAAAGAAUACGGAACACUGUGAAGAAGUUACACGAAAUCUCGAAGUUACAAUGGAAGAAUGGAACUCUAGAGUUGUACAACUGCAAGAAACCGUACAACAAUUCACUCAGAUUGGAACUAUGAAAGAUUGGUUGAGAUAUAAGAAUACGACAGAAGUUUUAGACAUGCCGGAAAGAACUUCAACAGCAUUUAAUCUUGAAAACGUGGACAUUUCAGUAAACAACUUUCAUUCUGGAGACCUAACGCCAAGUACAAAUGUAUCAAACCAACAUCAAAAUCAUGUAAACUUACUUCCAAUCAUGGUAAGAACUUGUUUAGACAAGAUUGAUCACUUUAAUAAAGAAAUGGAAAAGAAAUCUGAAAAAAUACACAGCUAUGUUCAAGAAAUUACCGAGAAACUGAAGUCGCUGAUCGAGAUCUUAGGAAGCGUCGAUGAUAGAUUCAAGUUUGGAGAAAAUGUUUUUUCUUCAAACAUGGCUUGCGACAGAAAGUGCACAGAAAUUGCUCCAGAUACUCUCAAUUCAGAGUCAGUUAGUGAGAUUAGAGCAACUUCCUCAACAAAUGAAAGAAAUAUCUACCCACUUUCUGCUUUAAAUGAUGGUUUACUUACAAGUGGAAAAAAGAAAGCAAAUAUGCAGAAAAUGUUAUCACAAAUUGGAAACGUUAUGAACAUCGCGCAGAGCAAUAUUCAAUAAAAUACCUAAAUCUUACACUCCGAAUUGUAAAUAGAAGUGUCUGAUUAGAUGGUACUAUUACAUUAUUAAAUUGUGAAAAAAAACUUCUGUUUAAUAGAUGCACUCAUAAUUUUUAAUGUUAUCACUAUCACUUAAAAAAAUUAAUCAUUUAGGAGGUCUCCGGUUCAAUUAAAUAAUAUAUUCCAAAAAUAAAUGAUAUAUUCUUCAGACACAAAGAUUAAACCCAGAGCUCUAAUAACUCAAAAUUCCCGACAGGUAGGCAACUAAUAUCAGUUAAAAAAAAGCUUUAGUUCAUUUAUGGAAAAUCAACAAGAAAGUUACAAUUCUGAAACAAUCUCACGAUUGGAAUGAAUUUCUAACAUAAAAGUAAAUAAAUCAUAAUAUUUAUAAUCCUAUUUGCCGGAUAUUUUAUGUCAGGACAUUUCUAACAAACUAUCUCUUUUCAGCGAAACCAAAACAAUUCAAUUUUAA